AUGCGCGCUGUCCUCGCACAGGAGAUGGGUGGCCGGCGUGUUUUGGGCCGUGUUUGGGGUGGCUGGUGGCGGGGUCCAGGGCUCUGCGCAGCGCCCAAGACCGCAGACUUUGGCACCGAGGGCCGGCAUCACCUGCAACCCCGAGGCCCCAGCAAAAGAUCGGGGCCGCUGGAGGAGCAGCCCUUCCCGGGGCUGCUCCGGUCGGAGAACCUCAGUCGGGAGGAGCUGGUCGAUGUGCUGAGGGCAGCCGUGGUGGACCAGAAAGGACCUCUAGUGACGUUGAACAAGCCACAGGGUCUGCCAGUGACAGGAAAACCAGGGGAGCUGACGUUGCUCUCGGUGCUGCCAGAGCUGAGCCAGGGCCUGGGGCUCGGGGGGCGGGAGCUCCAGCUUGUCCACGCGUCUGGGAAGGAGACCUCUGGGCUUGUACUCCUCUCCACUUGUCCCCAGACAGCAAGCCAUCUCCAGAAGUUCUUCAUCCACUCACGGAGAUCCCAGAGACCCACGGCCACCUAUUGUGCUGUCACUGACGGGAUCCCAGCUACAUCUGAGGGGAAGAUCCAAGCAGCUCUGAAGCUGGAACACACUGACGGCGUUGAUCUUGUAGUUCCAGUGAAGUCUCCCUCCCGAAAGGACAUCCUGGAAGGUGUUAAGAGGACCCUCAGUCACUUCCGUGUGGUGGCCACAGGCUCUGGCUGUGCCCUGGUCCAGCUGCAGCCACUGACAGCGUUCCCCAGUCAGCUACAGGUGCACAUGGUACUGGAGCUCUGCCCUGUUCUUGGGGACCACACAUACUCUGCCCGCGUGGGCACUGUCCUGGGCCAGCGCUUUCUGCUGCCAGCUGCCAGCACCAAGACCCAAAGACAGGUCCUAGACGAAGCCCUCCUCAGACGCCUCCGCCUGAGCCCCUCCCAGGCCACCCGGCUGCCCUUGCACCUCCACCUGCAUCGUCUCCACCUCCCAGGUGCCAGGCCCAGGGACGCCCCCCUCGAGCUUCUGGCACCCCUUCCCCCUUAUUUCUCCAGGACCCUACAGUGCCUGGGACUUGGCCAGCAAUAGUCCUCAUGUUCUUGCUGUCCCUUCUUCUGUUUUCACUGGAAAGCAGUGGGGGCUGGGGGGAGGGUGGCCGGAGGAGAAUGAGGUCAGUACUCAACGUGCACUAAGGCCAUGGCUUAAGAUCCUGGGCUGUGUAGUUGGACAAAUCUAAGAGCAAAUCCUGGCUAGGCCACCUGCUGUGUAGCGUUGGACAAAUCACUUCACCUCUCUGGACUUGAGAUAAUAAAAGUAACUACCUCAUAGUAUGGUUUUGAGGAUUUGCUGAGAAAGUAAAUGUUUAUCAUGGACUGU